AAUCACACAGUUGUACCCUGCAAAACGAGAAACCAACAUUCACAAUGGAUGACGGGUACCGAAAGAAGGUGAACCAAGUUUCAGAUGAUUACCGAUAUCAAGGCACCAAUUACGAAGGCUACGCUGCUCAAGAUGGUUAUUACCACGGUGGAGAGGAGCCCAGUCAAGAGGAAGAUGCCCAGAGUGAUGCCACCGAAGGACACGAUGAAGAUGACGAAGUCUACGAAGGUGAGUACCAGGGCAUCCCUCACCCGGACGACAUCAAGGCCAAGCAGAAGAAGAAAGCCCCAGGAAUGGCCGACGAAUUCAGAGAUCAUGCCGACCUCAUCGCCGAAAGGAUGGAGGACGAGGAGCAGCUUGCUCACCAGUACGAGACCAUCAUCGAAGAGUGCAGCCACGGACGCUUCCAGUGGACUCUCUUCAUAGUCCUGGGCUUGGCGCUGAUGGCGGACGGGGUGGAGGUGUUCGUGGUCGGUUUCGUCCUGCCCAGCGCUGAGAAGGACAUGUGCUUGUCGUCUUCCAACAAAGGAAUGCUUGGACUGAUUGUCUACUUGGGCAUGAUGCUGGGGGCUGUCUUAUGGGGUGGCCUGGCAGACAAACUGGGCCGGAAGCACUGCCUCAUCCUCUCUCUCUCCAUCAAUGCUGCCUUUGCGUUCCUCUCCUCAUUUGUACAGGGAUACGGAUUCUUCCUCUUCUGCCGCCUUAUCUCUGGUUUCGGAAUCGGGGGCACGCUCCCUAUUGUGUUUGCCUAUUUUUCUGAAUUCCUAUCCCGUGAGAAAAGAGGGGAGCACCUCAGCUGGCUCUGCAUGUUUUGGAUGAUCGGUGGUCUUUAUGCCUCUGUCAUGGCCUGGAGCAUCAUUCCACAUUAUGGUUGGGGUUUCAGCAUGGGGACCAACUACCACUUCCACAGCUGGAGGGUCUUUGUGGUUGUUUGCUCUCUGCCUUGCAUAGCCUCUCUCGUGGCAUUGAAAUUUAUGCCCGAAAGUCCACGGUUUUUGCUAGAGAUAGGCAAGCACGACGAGGCCUGGAUGAUCCUCAAGCAAAUCCAUGACACCAACAUGAGGGCCAGAGGGGAGCCAGAGAGGGUGUUCACGGUAGCCAAUAUAAAAACUCCAAAGCAGAUAGAUGAGUUUAUUGAAAUCCAGAGCUCAACUGGGACGUGGUACCAGCGGUCAUUCGUCAGAGCCACAACAACCUUCAAGCAGGUUUUGGACAACGUGCUCUAUUGUUUGACGGGCCAGUACAGAAUGAACACCCUGUUCCUGGCCAUUGUGUGGUUUACCAUGGCCUUAAGUUACUAUGGCCUUAUUGUCUGGUUCCCGGACAUGAUACGGUAUUACCAGGAACAGGCAUACAAGUCACGUGAGAAAAUCUUCCAUCAUGAAGAAGUGAAGCACUUCACCUUCAACUUCACCCUGGAGAACCAACUGCACAAGAAUGGGACGUACUUCAACGACAAAUUCAUUAAAAUGAAAUUCAGAGAUGUGACAUUUGAGGAUUCCCUGUUUGAGGAGUGCUAUUUUGAAGAUGUGACGUCCAGUGAGACCUUCUUCAAAGAGUGUACCUUCAUUUCCACUGUCUUUUAUAAUACAGACCUCUACGAGCAUAAAUUCAUCGACUGCAAAUUUGCCAACACCUCCUUCCAGUAUCAGAAGCAGGGCUGCCAUCUGGAUUUUGAGCAAGACAAUGACUUUCUCAUCUACCUGGUCAGCUUCCUGGGCAGCCUCUCCGUGCUGCCCGGGAACAUCAUCUCGGCAUUGCUGAUGGACAAAGUGGGGAGGAUCAAGAUGAUCGGGGGUUCCAUGCUCUUAUCUGCAGUGUGCUGCUUCUUCCUGUUCUUUGGCAAUAGUGAAUCAGCCAUGAUUGGCUGGCAGUGUCUCUUCUGUGGUACCAGCAUUGCUGCUUGGAAUGCCUUGGAUGUCAUUACUGUGGAACUGUACCCCACGAAUAAACGAGCCACAGCCUUUGGCAUCUUGAAUGGGAUUUGCAAGUUUGGGGCCAUCCUGGGGAACUCGAUCUUUGCUUCCUUUGUGGGGAUAACCAAAGUGGUCCCCAUUCUUCUGGCCUCCUCUGCUCUGGUUGGAGGAGGUCUCCUGGCCCUACGACUUCCAGAGACACGUGACCAGGUCCUGAUGUGAGCGGCUUGAGGAGGAAGCGACAUGACAAAAGCAAAAGGGAAGAGUUAUAAGAAGAAAGUCGAAUAUUUUCCACCAAUAUGUCCUCUGCCAAUACCUCAUAUUUUCAGUUGGUGAUGGGAGAGGGAGAGGCAGCCCACCAUAACAACGUUACACCCUUAGUUAUAGGACUGUUGAGCUGUGUUGAUGGAGUCCAUCUCACCCGCCUCCACACACAAAAACACACGCCAGAGCUUUGCUCAUUGCUUCGAAGCUAUCACUCCUAAUGGAACGGAGCCCCGUCUUGCUGCUGAAUGCGUGUGAACAUCUAAGGCAUUAACUGAGAUCGAGCAAUGCUUGUGAUUCCCCACGCCUGGGUAUUUAUGUGCGUUUUAAGCAGCGAGGCAGGGAAGAACACCUCCUUCUGGAGUUUGGCUUGUCUCCACAUUCCCGUAGCUUUCUGGGAAAUUAGCCAAAUGAGAAACCAAGCUCAUAUCAACAGUGGCCGGGACUAGAGAACGUUCAUCAAUCAUCUGUGUUCAAGGGUAACACAACCCUUUGGAGCAAUGAUCAGCCAUUGACUAGACAUUUGCCAGAGAUUAGGCUUCCAUUUUGAGGACUGACACCAAGACUCCUGACUGACACAGUCUGCUUUUCUUCCCAGGAAAGGACACUAUGACUCUACUAUAGAUUGGACUUCCAUUUUUCAAAAAAUAUCAGGGCACUUGGAAGAAGCUAUUCACUUCUGGGAAAUCUUGACCCACAUUUGCUUAAUUUUUUUAGUUAAGAACACUAUUAGGAAUUAAGUUUCCAUUUCAUUUUCAUUCACUCGUUUAUAGAAAUGUUCAGACUGCUCAAAAUGACAUCUGUUGAAGCAGCAUUUUACUUAAAACACAAACUUUUUGCACAUGACAGUAUUUCAAAUGCAAUGUUUUCGGAUGUUUUUUCUGAUGGGAGAAAGUUUUUUCUCCCCUUGAUCUAACUAGUUUCAUUCUGUGGAUAUCAAAUGAUUUCAGAAACCAAAUAUGUACACAUUCUACAAUGUAAAUAGAGGAGGGGGGGUGUUGAUUUUGAAUCAAAUGUAGAAUAUGGACGCUGCAGGAAUUAAUUUACCAGCAUUACAGCCAUAUUAAUUAAUGAAAAUGUUUGAAUUGCUGACAGAUUUGGGUCUUAACUGGAGCACUAUAUCACACAGUUUGGGGAGUAGCCAUUUCAAGUGACCUUUGGAGACCCAACAAAAGUCAUCGUACUUUAUAAAAUGAAACCACAUUGUCAGCCAAGGGAAAGGAACAUUUUCGAGUCUGAAAAACCCAGGAACUCUUGGCUAUCGUUGGGCUCUUGGUGACGCAUCUUAGACUUGCUCACUCUCGAUACAGUCCGUGCUUGGUUGCAUUAUCAGGAGGCAAGGAUAGAACAAACCGCUUUUAUUAUGUGGGAACACAGAGGACAUGAAAUAUUAGCACCAUUGGCGGGUGGCACCAAGAUGGCUUGGAUAUGUGUUGGUAACUCAAAAGAUAUUUGAGCUGCUCUGCUCUGAAUUUUUGCCAAUGGGGCCAUGGAAGUGUUGAAGAAGAGAUUCCAGGCACAUCUGUCCACUUUGAUGAACAUCUGUUCCAACAGGGACACAGUCCUUUGACUCUGGACACAGUCCUUUGAUGCUGGAUGCAGUCCUUUGACUCUGGACAGAAAAGUGGUUCUCUGGAAGUUGGCAGAAGAUUGGCUGUUGAGGAUUUCCUUCUGUGAGAUGAUCUCAUUAAAAAUAUAGCAGGAAAAUGAGCCAUCUGCAAGGAGCAGCCAUACAAAAAACUGUCUCUUGCGCUGAUACAAGCCAUCAGGCAUACAGAGACUUGGUUGAAAAUCGCCUGAUAGGAAUAUUCUGGGAAUUGCAUGGACUGUAUUCUCUUCUCUCCACUCAAUGAACUAAACCCUGAGCUGCUUCCUUCCUCUCCACUUUAAUGAUGUCAAAAAGCCAUAUUGCUUGUCCGCUCCUAGAAAAGUGGACAAGGCUGCUUCCACAUCCAGACCCCCAAAUUCCCAUUCCCCUGACUGCACUUAACCUUUGUGUAUAAAUAGCAGCUGACAUUCAUGUUUCCCAUAGGCCUCUGUGGCUAUAGCAUAACCUGUACAGAACAAAUGUAUUCAAUAGUGUUAUCUUCAUCCAGGUACCUGAAUGUUUUGAUUGUCAGUUUUGGUCUGUUGUCUUGUUCUGCGAUUCCUUGUGCUACCCCAAUUGACUGCAUUUCCCCACUUUGAAAUUCAUGUCAAGCAACGAACUUGCAAUAAAUGUCAACCAACCUGA